GCGACGAAUUUCGCACACUCGUCACGUGUUUUGAAAACGCGACCUGCACUGUUGAUCUGUAGUCUCUAUUGAAGUGAUCUUAGUAACAUUUGGGCGAUUAUGUCGUUUGUGGAUGAUGAAGUAUCAGACUGUGGAAUGGACUCUCGCUCGCGAUUGGAAAGCUAUGUGUUCAGUUGUGAAUUGUCUUCUGAAGUUCCAUUUUACACAUUUCAAGCAGACGAGGAUGAAGAUGAAGAUGUGGAACAUUUUCUCGAGCUUAAGACGAUUUGUCUAGGUGACUGUGCCAAAGAGGAGAAUAACGUGGUGGAAGUAACUGCUAUGAAUCACCAAGGAAAGAAAAUAUCGGUCCCUGUAGCUAAUCUCAACAUUUCCUGCCUGCCUAUGGUAAGCCUCGGGGAGUUUGAGUUGAUGGCUCCGGUAACACUACGUCUGAAAUCUGGAUCCGGACCAGUGACCAUCAGUGGGUUACAUUUAGUUGCCACAGAGAAUGAAGAGUCUGAAAUAUCAGAUGAAGAUGAUGAUGAUGUCGGUGAGGAGGAAAUGCCCUCAAUCAAACCAGCAAAGAAAAAGCAGAAAGCUUAAUUUGAGAUGUUUACACCAGACAUUUAUAUGUUUUAUACAAUAUUUGAUUUAAUGUGACGGCGGGUGGUGUAGAAUGUAAUGGAAUUAUGUAUUUUCAGAUUGUGGUGGCAGCUGUUAAAUAGAAAGGUUUAAAUCCUCCAUACAACCAUCACUAGGAACAUUUACUUCAUGAUUAAAGUGUUUUAUUAGUUAAUACUGUAAACUGCCAACACAAGACUUCAGAUUCACGCUCUGUUCAGGUUGAUUUCAGAUGUGCCAUCCCUGUAACAUACUGGAAGAUGAUAGCCUGUCAAUCUUCUGCCCUUAUGGGAAGCACCAGCAUUGUUCUCUACAGAUAUUUCUCUUACAUGUUGUUUUGCUGUUUUAAAUUUUAUUUAAACAUUUUUUUUGGGGGGGUGGGGCAAUCAGGGUUUUUAAAUCUUAGUCCCUUUUUGAAGGACUGAAAGUUUUGCAUGGUGCAUGUUAUGUCGAGAUCAGUCGAAGGACUUGCCAUGGUUGCCGUUUUUGUAUUUUUACAGAUUUAUUCACUGAUUCCGUAAAUAAAGUUUUAGUAUAACCAGU